CCCAAACCAUUUUAUAUUUAUCUUUUAUGCAACAAGAACACAUGAAACACAUUAAAUUGAUGUUGCAUUCAUGUGACAUAUUUUUGCCAGAAAAAAGAAAAUCGCGAUGAAGCUUACAACCCAACUGGCCAGAGUACUCCUUUUCUACACUGUUCUUUGCCACCGAUACCACCACAUAGAGAGUUCGACUACAGAAUCUUCCACAGAGACGCUCACUUCAGUUGACUUAGUGCCAACAUCACUUACCGAUACCGCCAGUGAUGCUGCGGGAACCACAGGCUCUAGUGAUACAACUUCUCGUGAUCUCUCCAUCACAGGCUCUAGUGAUACAACUACUAGUGAUCUCUCCAUCACAGGCUCUAGUGAUACAACUACUAGUGAUCACUCCGUUGACUCCUCCAACUCAAUCGCCUUCUCCCAGCAGUCUAUCGCCGAUGAAACAACAAUCGGUGGUCACGUUUUGAGCGAAACCAUCAUAGCCACAAAUAAUUAUCAUAGUAGCCAGAAACUAUGUAUUCCAGAGCCCUGUGUAACCUGCGCCUCACAGCGGUUACUCCCCCUGACGAUCGUGUUGUCCUUCCUGGCGGGGAUGCUUGUGGUCGUAGUACCAGCCUACAUGUACAUACGGCGGAUAUGGUGUUUUUACAACACAUCUGACCGCGGUUCCUGUGCCAGUGACAAGGUCACGGAUAAGGUUAUUCAAAAGCUAACGCUUGAACGAUUGAACGAACUCGAAAUAAAGCAAAGGAAAAAAGAACUUGAAUUCAGCGCCUCGAAUGCUUAUUCACCAACAGAUAAAGGACCUGAUAUUGUUAUUACAGAAUUUAAUGGACGUAACUCUUACGAAAAAUUUAACUCCGCGAAUUCACAGAGCAUGUCUCAGAAAGCGGGUGAGCAUAACUACUAUGAGUGUAGCGUUGAGUCUAAAAACGUACGUGGAGACAAGGAAGAGGUUGAAAAAAAUGACACGAUAACAUAUAAAAAUAUGCCACUCGAUGUUAAUGCAGAUAGCGUGAACAUCGAGGUCACUAAAAAUACGGCUGAUAGUCCUGUUGUAUUCAAACGGGGGAUUAAAAAUUCAAAUAAUGAUCAGGCGAAGCAGGCUGCGCUUUUGUCCCACAAUCCGCUAAUUGCGCAUGGGCAGGAAACGUCUAUGCCGGAAAAUCAGACAUAUGCGCAUGAAAGAUCCCUGUCUGACAAACGCCUCCACGAAUCUGAGAGGGGAAUUUCAUCGUCUGAAAAAGAACUUCGUGAGCAUGCGCCCGAUAGUUUAUUAUUGUCUGACAAACAGCUAUAUGAGCAUGCGCGGGAGAGCGUCAUAAGCGCCGGCGACUGGAAUGGGUUAUUGGCGCUUCAGAAUGAGAACUUUCGGGACAGUAAUCAGCUCUCACAGGUGUUUUAAUGAUUGCUAUGGUAGCAGUGUAAAAUUUAAUAUAAAACUAUUAAAAGUAACAAGCAUGUGAAAAAUGUACAUGUGCUAGCGUACGCCAAAACAAUAAGGGAACAUUUCUUGUAUGUCAAGUAUAAAAUACUGAUGUAAUAAGUGAAUACAUGUAUAUACAUUCGUCAGUUACCUAGUACGACCCCGUGUAUAAAUAUACUAAGCAAUGAUAAUUGUUAAAAUAUUUUCAUAUUAUUAUUUAUAAAAUGUGUGUGUGUGUG